UGGUUUUCACAUGACUCAUUUUACUACUACUACUCUCAAAUCUGCCCAAAUUCUAUUUUUUCGUUCAAUUUUUCAAGACUGUGGUCGGAACAUUCUGUGUUACUUGCACAGUAACCGGCUAUCCUUGUUAUUUACCAGGUUUUCUGAAUAGCGCUUUAGAACUCACUUCGGCGAACCUCAAAAGGCAAUUCUCAUAAAAAACCACCCCCCAAGUUGGCCUUUGACACCCAAACCAAGUCAAGUUUUUACACCAGCGAGAGUAACUAAUUGUGAAUUAUAAGAGUUUUAAAAUGCUAAUUCAAACGUUAUCGCACAUUUUGCGCAUCAUCAGAAUUUAAAGAUUGAUUGUGAAUUGUUUUUAUUUUCAACAAACAAAUUUUCUUACAAAUCUGAAGGAAAAUGAAUUGUUUUACUAGGGAAACUUGAGAAUUUCCACUCUUUUUUGCUCUUGGUCGAAGGUAACGUGGCUGCCUUUGCACCCUAAGUUCUGUUCGUCAAGUCCCGGUCGGACAUAUGGUUUUCACUAUGAAUGAAAUUUGAAGUUUUUCCGUAUGAGACAUUGAUAUGUUUUACUUGCGUUUGUCUACUCAUUUUUGUCAGUUCGUUGCCUUAUCACAGAGUUUUGAAUGUCAGUUUUCUAAAUGGAAGUGUUGUUGUAAAUUUGCGGUUUGUAAAUUUCGUAGCCCUGGCAGUAAGUAUUUUUGUUAUGUUUCAGUUACAAGCUGUAUUCGGACGAAAUUGUUUCGGUUAACGUUUGAUCGUUUUAGUCAGUUGCUUUGUGUCGCUUAAGAGGCAAAAUUGAUUAAAUAGCAGGUUUAUUUGUGGAACUUCAAAAAUUUAAAAUGUAAUUGCUCAACUUGUUUGUAUGAAAGUUUUUUUUUCCGAGGCGUUCUUUAUUGAUUUUGUGCUAACCUGGCGUGAUCGCAUGUAUGUUUGAUUUUCUAGUCUCCUGAUAAAAACCUAAUGCUUAUUCGAUGCGCUGGUUCUCAUGUUUUUUUUCAUGUUUCCAAAAAAAUUAUGUAACCGAAGAUGGAAUCACGGCCUACACGGUCUGAAGAAGCAGUGGCAGUCAAUGAAGAAUGUUAGAUAAUGUAGCUAGUGACGAAAUUAAAUUGGCAAGUGUAGACUCCCGAGUAAAGUUUUCGGAAGUGUGCGGUCUGUUAGAAAAGCUUCAAAAGAAAUCAAGUACAGAUGGAAAGAAAGAAAUUUUCAAAGAUUUUCUGACAAAGUGGAGAAAUGUUACUGGCGGAAUUGACGGAACGAAUUCUGAUCAUCAAAAUGGAGCUAGUUUUUACCCGGUAAUGAGACUUUUGCUACCAAAGCUGGACCUAGAUAGACCUGCUUACGGUAUCAAAGAAAACACCCUGGCCAGACAUUAUAUUGACAUACUUGGACUAGGAAAAGACAGCCCUGACGCGCAGAAACUUUUAAAUUUCAGAUCUCCAGGUGCGUUAAAAGGAAGCACUGACUCAUCUGGCGACUUCGCUGCAGUAGCGUAUCAUGUUUUGCAGCACCGACUGCCCGAAAAAGGAAAUCUGACGGUACGUGAAAUAAACAGUACAUUAGACAGUAUCGCUAUCGGCAAUGCGACAAAAAGUAAAGACGCUGUAAAAACAGGCUUAACCAAACUGAUGCACAGCUUAGGUCCGAUUGAGUCGAAGUGGGUAAUGCGUAUCAUCCUCAAAGAAAUAAGAAUUGGCAUGAGUGAAAACUCAAUAUUUGCCGCGUUUCACCCUGACGCUGAUCAGCUAUUCAAUGUGAGCUCCAAUUUGAAGAGAGUUUGCGAUGACUUGCGUGAUCCAAAAGUCUCACUGGGAGAAAUUGAGAUAAAGUUGUUCACUCCAUUUCGACCGAUGCUGGCUGACAGGAUUUUGGCACAGAAAGUUUGUCAAAGUAUAUCGUCCCAAAGUUUCUACGUAGAAACUAAAAUGGACGGAGAGAGGAUGCAGUUGCAUAAAGACGGAUCUGAGUUUCGAUACUUUUCCAGGAGCUCAAAAGAUUACACAUCUUCGUUUGGAAAGAAUUACAUAAGUGGAACUUUUACGCCAUUCAUUGCCGAUGCAUUUAAGCCUCAUGUUAAUUCUUGCAUUCUCGAUGGCGAAAUGAUGGUCUUCAGCACAGAGUUGCAACAGUUCGUUACAAAAGGCCAAAACGUGGAUGUGAAAAAGCUUCCCAGUACGAAAGAAGCUUCACAAAGCAAUGAAACAACGAGCUCGAAUUCGAAGCAGCAACUUCGCCAUUCUGGUGCAACUUUGAAUCAACCCAAAGACGGUCUCCGAUUAGCUGAUGACCCGAAAAAUGGAUUGGUACAGUGUUACGUUGUGUUUGAUAUUCUACUGUUGAACCAAAAAGUCCUGUCGGCAAAGCCACUUCACGAAAGACUAAAUCUCCUGAAAGACAUUUUCGUGCCAAGUAGCGAGCGCAUUCGCUACGUCGAACAGAGCUUAAUUUCGACACAAGAUGAUGUUUUGAACGCUUUAAAUUCAGCCAUAGAAAAUCGAGAAGAGGGAAUUAUUGUGAAACAUCCGGACUCGAUUUACAAGCCAGACAAGCGGAAAGACUCUGGCUGGUUCAAAAUCAAACCGGACUACGAGCAGAAUGUGAUGAGUGACCUUGACCUUGUAAUUGUAGGAGGCUACUACGGGUCGGGUAGACGAUCGAAUAUAAUUUCACAUUUUCUACUCGCUGUUUCAGACAAUUCGAUAUCAAAAACUGACAGAAAUUACUACACGUUUGCAAAGAUUGGAUCUGGCUAUACAGCUUUGGAGCUGAAGUCAAUGCUGGAAAAGCUGGACCCGAAUUGGACGAAAGUUAAACCAGAAAACAUUCGAUGUUCGAAUGAGAAAGCGCAAGUUUGGGUCAAACCAGAGGACUCAGUUGUGGUCUGUGUUCGAGCUGCGGAGUUGAUCGUUUCAGAGAAGUACCAUUGCGGUUUCACGUUGAGAUUUCCAAGACUGGAAUCGAUCAGAGAUGAUAAAGAUUACUCGAGUAUUUUGACCGAAGGAGAAUUGAAGGAUUUGUGGAAUACAUAUCAGGGAAAACUUGCUACUAAGCUCUCAACUGGAGAUUCGAUGCCGCCGCCUAAGAAAAAACAGAGAGUUGUCACACGGAAAAUAAAUCAGCCGAUAACGAUCGAUGAUCGAUUUAGAGCAACAGAUUUGUCAAAAAUCAGAGUGAAGUCGUCACUUUUCGAAGACAGACAGUUUUGUGUAAUGUCAGUACCCGAGGACAGAACGAGAAAAGAAUUCGAAACUUCGAUUGUGUCAAAUGGUGGCAAAAUAGUCCAGAAUGCAAACAAAGAGACAUUUUGCGUUCUGACAGACAAAGUUAACAUUCGAGUUAAGAAUUUGAUCAAGGCUGAUAUUUGCGAUGUCGUGCAUAUCGAGUGGCUAGAAAAGUGUGUGGAAGGAGGUAAAAUGAGCAUGUGGCAACCAGAAGAAGUGUUUCAUGUUUGUGAACAAAGUCGAAGUCUUUUCGAAAAAGAGUUUGGCGAUGAUUUUAAAACAAGAUUGAAGCAAUGCUGAUGUUUGACAUAUCUUUCUGUACAUAAUCAACGGAGAGUUAAGUUUUGACUCGUUUCUAAAUCAAAACGAAUUGAUAAUUUUAUUAGUCUA